UUUCCCCUCACGAACACUCUCGCCUUCUAUAAAAAUCCACUGCACAUUCUCCACAACUCACCAAUCACCAUCAAAAAACUCGGGUUGAUUCUAUGGCGGAUGAUGGUCAAGUUGUGGCAAAGGACCGGAAGAUCCUGGUGGCUGUAGAUGAAGGCGGAGAGAGCAUGUACGCUCUCUCAUGGUGCCUCAAGAACUUGGUACCUCAGAGUUCAAAAGAUACUCUUAUCCUCCUUUACGCUAAACCACAGCGAGCGGUGUACUCUUCCCUAGAUGGCACUGGGUAUUUGUUUUCUGCUGAUAUACUGGCCACCAUGGACAAAUACAGCGAUGAUGUGGCGACUUGUAUCAUCGAGAAGGCCAAAAGGAUAUGCAGAGAUCAAGCUGAUCAUGAGGUGAAGGUAGAGGUGAAGAUAGAGAGCGGUGAUCCAAGGGACGUGAUUUGCCAAGUUGCUGACAAGAUAAAUGCUGAUGUGCUUGUUAUGGGAACACAUGGCUACAGCCUCAUCAAGAGGGCUUUUCUGGGGAGUGUGAGCAAUCAUUGUGCGCAAAAUGUGAAGUGCCCUGUUUUGAUUGUGAAGAAGCCUAAAUGCUCAUCUUCUGCAUGUGGAAUCAAAUGAUUUUGGGACACAUUAUUACUUUUGUUUUAUGUCUUAAUUUCACUUAUUUCUUGCUUCAGUUGUA